ACAAUGUAACUUCCUUUCCUCCAAUUUCUUACCCUGGUCCAAGAUCGGUUUGUGCUGCCAUGCCAACUCCUACAGUCAUUGUCAAGUACUUUGACGUUAUAUUUGAAAACGUAGUUUUGUGUAGGCUACAGGACCACCAAGGAGUUAUCCCUCCGCAUGAGUAGCGCUAUCUCAGAGAAAUGGAGACAAGGCGACUGAGAAGAGACAUUGAAGCCCUUCUGUGAGUUGCUUUCUGUGGAUGAUAAAAUUAUAGAUUUAGAGGAAUGGUGUGUGGGAAGUGGACAUUUAGAUUAAUUGCAAUUCCAUUUUUCAGGCGCUUGAAAGAGUUUUGUGUUUUGAACAGGGGAGAUUACAUUGGUCAGAAACUGAGGGAGAAUGGCUUUGACCCCAAGGGGAAAGGAUCCACUAGCAUGCUGGAUGACCUGGCCCAUUAUGACUUGGCCAUAAGUGUUGCCCUUUGGUGGCUAGAGAAAGAGGAGCGACAUGAUGUGAUGGACAGAGACAUUGUUGGAGUGGGCAGCCCAGGUUAUAAUGACCAGUACCCCAACCACCUGGAGAGAGAAGCCAUGAUCCUUUCUUCCUUCGCUGGGAUGAUCCUGAAUAGCUUGCCUGUAAAAGACAUUCUUGCCCUCUACACCACCAAACCGUCUGCCGCUUAUCCCCACCAGCACUCCAAGAGCGCCAUUGUUCAUCCCUUCACCUUGUCCUAUCACCCGUUUGCCAUGCUGGGCUCAUUCAAGGCUGUGGACCACUCCAGAAAGCACACCCAGAAUUUGAAGCGAUGGCUGUCUGUGCAGGGUAAACGAGGUGCUGCCCCUGAUGGACGGAGGGCCUUGGUGCAGUCCUCCUCAUCCACAUCUAACUCCUUUCUCUGUGACAGUGGUGAGUCCUUGAAAGAACAAGCAGAGCAUUAUGAAGGACCACAAUAAUCUCUACAGGAUUAAGGAAAGUCCUUUCCUCUUCUGUGUUACUACACCAUUAUUAUAUUGUUAUUACAGGGUUAUUACUGUGUUAUUACACUGGGUGAAAUUUGUGAUGUCCAUGUUAUGAGCUUGCUACUACUGGGCCUUCACAUUCAAGGAACCCUGGCCAAUAGUAAGUAUCAAUCCUCCAGUGUGUUAUCAUGUCACUAGGGGUUUCGUCUAUAUUUGGUUGUAGCUCAGACCAUGUCCAUCUAUAAGCAAUACAAAUGUUUGACUACAUCAUAGACAUUACUGUACACACUUUACUGUACAAUAAACCAUUCACUGUUUGUAACAAAGUUGGCUAGUUAAAUAAAGGU